AGGUGUAGUUAGGAGGAGCGGAGCGGGGCGGGGGCCGGGGGAAUGCGGACGAGCGCGCCCGUGCUGGGAACUGGAGGUCAACGAAGGGGUCCUCGGCUGGAGAGCCUCUCUGAGGCCAAAAGGGAGUCCAUCUAGGUCCCCGAGGCGUGACCGGGGCUGACCUAGAAGGAAGGGGAGCUAGACACCUCCCCCGCUGGCGCCGGGAAGGGAAGCGUCGCUCCUUCUUGCUGACCUUGGUGUCGAUUGUCGCCUCGCCCUUUCCACAGGCACUGACAGACACGGGGCCCUGGAGAUCUACAGCCAGGUCCCUGGACAGAGGGAGACCCAGGACGUGGGCACACAGACUGCCCUAGACCCUCCCGCCGGCUCCAGGGCGCCGGGUCUCCCCUCCCUCCAACGCCGGGGCCAUCCAGCCCAGGGUUAAUGCCAACGAGUUUCCACCUCCAUCUGCUCCUAGAGAGGCCGCGGCGCUAGCCAGCGGGGGGAACUGGCCGCGGACGGACACUUCCUGUGCUGGGGGGAGGGGGUCGGGAGCCGCAGCCUAGUCGGGGGGCUGGGGCCGGACGGCGGGGUCUCGGGCGGGGAGCGGUGGCCGGGGGUUGCGGGACGAGUCGUGGACCCCUCAUCUCCGAGGUUGCGACGCGUGGGGUCCGUGGGGGCCGUAGGACAAGUCGAGACCUUGGGAGGGGGCGGGGCCGCGGGGAGGGGAGGGGCCCGGCGGGCCGGAGAGGCCCAGGGUCAAGACGUCCGGCCUCGGGGCCCGGGGCUGGGCAGCCGGAUCCCCUGGGCGGCGCUGCGCGGGCGAGUGGCGAGGGCCCAGGGCUCAGGGCAUUCAGGUCGGGUCGCAGGAUCGUCCGCCAUCGCCACCGCCGCUGCGUUGGGAGCUGGAGGGGAUGGAGCGGGAAGCGUCGCCGUGGGGCCUCGAGCCCCGGGAUGUGCAAAGUCCUGAUGAAAUAGGGAGCCCCGAAGAGUCCCUCAAAGGUGAGGGAGGGAUUGCUCCCCCUCCGAGCAAUACGAGUGAGAAUGAGGAAGAGGAAAUUUCUCAGCAAGAAGCCAAUGGGGACUAUGAAGUUGAAGAGAUACCUUUUGGGCUUGACCCCGAAAGCCCUGGGUUUGAACCACAAAGCCCAGAAUUUGAAUCCCAAAGCCCCAGGUUUGAGCCUGAAAGCCCAGGGUUUGAGUCCCGAAGCCCUGGAUUUGUGCCCCCAAGCCCUGAGUUUGCACCCAGAAGCCCCGAGUCAGAUCCUCAGAGCCCUGACUUUGAACCCCAGAGCCCUAGGUAUGAACCCCAAAGCCCUGGCUAUGACCCCAAGAGCCCUGGGUAUGAACCCAAGAGCCCCGGGUAUGUAUCCCGGAGCCCUGAAUUUGAGUCUCAGAGCUCCAGGUAUGAAUCCCAGAACCAUGGGUAUGAACCCCAAAACUCUGGAAUUGAACCUCAGAAUCCUGAGUUCAAAACUCACAGCCCCGAAUUUGAAGCUCAAAGUUCCAAAUUCCAAGAAGGUGCAGAGUUGCUUCUGAACCCCGAGGAAAAGAGUCCCUUGAGCAUCCCUCUAGGAGUUCACCCCCUGGACUCCUUCACUCAGGGGUUUGGGGAGCAGCCCACAGGGGCCCUGCCCCUAGGGCCACCUUUUGAGAUGCCUACAGGGGCCUUGUUGUCGUCACCCCAGUUUGAGAUGCUCCAGAAUCCCCUGAGUCUGACAGGGACCCUUCGGGGUCCAGGCCGACGGGGUGGCCGGGCCAGGGGUGGGCAGGGCCCCCGGCCUAACAUCUGCGGCAUCUGCGGGAAGAGCUUCGGGCGGGGCUCCACCCUGAUCCAGCACCAGCGCAUCCACACGGGUGAGAAACCCUAUAAAUGUGAGGUCUGCAGCAAGGCCUUCUCCCAGAGCUCUGACCUCAUCAAACACCAGCGUACCCACACUGGCGAGCGGCCCUACAAGUGUCCCCGAUGUGGCAAGGCCUUCGCCGACAGCUCCUACCUGCUUCGCCACCAGCGCACCCACUCUGGCCAGAAGCCCUACAAGUGCCCGCACUGUGGCAAGGCCUUCGGCGACAGCUCCUACCUCCUGCGGCACCAGCGCACCCACAGCCACGAGCGGCCCUACAGCUGCCCCGAGUGCGGCAAGUGCUACAGCCAGAACUCGUCCCUGCGCAGCCACCAGAGGGUGCACACCGGGCAGAGGCCCUUCAGCUGUGGCAUCUGCGGCAAGAGCUUCUCCCAGCGGUCGGCACUCAUCCCCCACGCCCGCAGCCACGCCCGGGAGAAGCCCUUCAAGUGCCCGGAGUGCGGCAAGCGCUUCGGCCAGAGCUCCGUGCUGGCCAUCCACGCCCGCACCCACCUGCCGGGCCGCACCUACAGCUGCCCCGACUGCGGCAAGACCUUCAACCGCUCCUCCACGCUGAUUCAGCACCAGCGCUCGCACACGGGCGAGCGGCCCUACAGGUGCGCCGUGUGCGGCAAGGGCUUCUGCCGCUCCUCCACGCUGCUGCAGCACCACCGCGUCCACAGCGGGGAGCGGCCCUACAAGUGCGAUGACUGCGGGAAGGCCUUCUCCCAGAGCUCCGACCUCAUCCGCCACCAGCGGACCCACGCCGCCGGCCGCCGCUGACCCGGCCCGGCAGGGGCGGGCAGGCGGUGGUCAGGGGAGAAGGGGACAGGGAGCUAGAGAAACCUUUAGAGAGGCUAGUGAGGAGCUGACGGGGAAUGGAGGAGUUGAGCGUUCUGGAAGAGGGGCCGGAGUGCGGGCAGUCACAUGCCCUGGAGACUUUUGGGAAACGGGCUAUGGAGAGGGGCUGGAGGGCGGCCAGCUGGGCAGCAGGAGGCCCUGGGAGAGGUCCAGAGAGAGGUAGGCAGGGCGCUGGCCGGCAGCAGCACGCUCCUCGGGCGCCUGGCUUGGCGAAGUGCUAGGUGGGGAGGGGGGUGGGAGAGGGAGGGCCAGUUAGAGGGGGUAGCUUAGAUCGGUAGGUGCUGAGACCCUCGUUGAGUCAAGAAGGGGGGAAGGGGUAGGUAGAAUGAAUGGGAGGUGGAGCCCUGGGGCAGGGUCUGCACCUCUGAGUGCAAACCCCAGCCUGCCUUGUCUUCCUCAGGCUUUGGAGCCCUUGAAUUUGAGUUCAAUAAAAACCUUUAUGUGGUAAAAGA